AGGUGAGCUGUGGGUCAGCUGUGGUGCUUUAUUAACUCAUUUUUACAGCUCCGCUGCUUCCAGAUAUCUUUGCAGCAAGACAAGGAAAACUUGUGCGCCAACAUUGUCGAACAUUCGAAUACCUGUCUGUCGAGAUUUUCUUUUAGUUGGCUAAAGACAAUAGGUCGUCUCCUACUGAGAUAGAUAUCGCUCUGUUAAAACUUUUUUUCAGCAACUUAGCACUUUGUUAGUUCAAUCCGACGAGAGAGCUUGCGGAGAUUUUUAAAAGGAGAUGAGCUGUUUUUGGUGUGUCGUUCUCCCGGCGUUGGGAUGUGGUGAGCGGAUAGAAAGCACCAUGGAGGCCUUCAGUCACGCAGUGGCUCAAGGAACGCAGAUGUUGGAACUAGAUUGUCACUUGACGCGGGACGGAUAUGUGGUUGUGUCACAUGAUGAGAAUCUUUUGAGGCAGACGGGUCAUGAUGUCACCAUGUCUUCAGUCAACAUUCAGGAUUUACCCUUGUACAAGGAAAAGCUUGAGUUGACAUUUUAUCGAGGUCACUACAGCAGUGGUUCCGACAGGGAAUUUACUUUGCUGGAGGAUGUGUUUACAAAGUUCCCAGAGAUGCCAAUCAGCAUUGAGAUUAAAGAGGACAACAGCCAGUUGAUAGAAAAGGUAUCUGAGCUGGUCAAACGCUACCAUAGAGAAAAGAUCACCGUCUGGGCAUCUGUGAAUUCAAAAAUCUUGAGCAAAUGCUGCAAAACGAAUGGAGCCAUGCCGUAUAGCUUUUCCUUAUAUCGAGGUGUGCUCCUGCUGUUUCUCUUCUAUACUGGCCUACUGCCCUUUGUUCCACUGGGAGAGAGUUUACUCCAGUUCUACUUGCCACGCAUAUUCAACAGGACGUUUAUUCCUGAGAAAAACAUGUUGAGGAACAGAUUGAUCGUCACUUUAUUAGAAAAAGUUACUAUGAGGAAGAGUCUCUUUAAACAUCUUGCAGCCCGUGGAAUUCAGGUGCAUUUGUUUGUGUGCAACACAGAUGAAGACAUAAGAGCGGCAUUCGAAGUGGGGGCAACAGGGGUGAUGAGUGACUAUCCCUCCCGUCUGUCGGGCUACCUCCUCAGAAACACUCAGGGUUAUUGAUGUCUCCACAUUUGAACACAGAAACUCAUAAAUGGCAGCUUUUUGGUGUGCGAAAAUUGAAAUAGACCAAAAGCAAGAAGCUCAUAUUAAGUGUCAGAUCAGUCUGACAAAUCUUUCAGGAUUACACAUUUAGAGUAUGUCUGAUUCAUUUCCAUGGUCUCCACCAAUCAUCCUGGCACAGCUCAGUAUUACAUUAAUUUUCCCGAGUAACAUGACCUCACAGCUCAUUCCUUACGAUAAAGACUGUGAUUACUUUGUCAUUAGAAUGAAUUAGAAUGCACUGAAUGGAUGAUUACCAAUUGAAUGUUUCAAUGUGAUAACAUGACAAGAAUGAACAAAGAAGCAAAUAUAGAA